AUGUUCUAGAGUACAUUCAGUAAAAGGUAGCAUUAGAUUUUUUACAAUUAUUGUCAAUUCAAGUGCCAGCUAUUGGGGUGUGUCAUCUCAGAGGGAGGAGAGGUCAGGUAAUGCCUUUUGGUUCAAGGCACGGCUCCUCCCAACCCGCAUUUUCGUCUCGCUCCAGUACCUUAGCUCACAAAAACCCAGCUGAGCUUCACAGCAACUUCUCACCGCUGUUCAGGAAAGCAGUGUGCGCUCAAGCUUCGCUCCACACGAGCUACUUUAAUUCCUGGAUUUUUUGGCCGCUGCGGACAUGGGAGGCAGGGAGGAGAUCAUGGUGCCCAGAGCAAUGGGACCCACUAUUUCACCCGCCUGGGGUAAUUUCAGGCUGGCUCCUACACGGAAACCUGUGAGGAUAAAAAAAUUCAAAGCAUCCUCACGAAAGAUAAUGAGAGAUCCCAGCCCCACCGAGAUGAGCGCGGAGCCCUGGGCCAGCCCGCAGAACCAGGCCGCCGCUGAGCACAGCGUAUGCACGCCGCAGCCCUCACAGGACCAGGAGCAGCAUCCUGACCAACUCUGCUUUGAAUCCUUCUGGAGCGAGUUGGAGACCAUCAAACAGGGGGGUGACUACCCUGACCCCGACAGCGCGCGCAGGGAUUCCAGACAAUCUGACGGGGAGCAAGAGGAGCAGUGGCUAGUCGAUGUCGGUCUGUCUAACCUCAUCAGCGAGGACAGUGAAAAUGUGGAGAACACGUUGCUUCUGUCCACGCUAACGCGGACUCAGGCCGAGGCAGUCCAGCGCAGGGUGGAUACCUACACAAUGUCCCACCGCAAGAGGAACAAACAACGCCACGUACGCGAAGUUUUUGACACGUCCUUCAACCAGGAUUUGUCUGAUUCUCAGCAUAGUGAAGAACUGGCCAAGAACAGUAUGACAUCAGUCUCCAAAUCAGCUCCCGAGGAUGAGAUCUUCAUGACUGACGUGGCUUACUGCGAACAGGCUGUCAUCCUUUUAAAACAAGCCAAACUGACUCAAAACAACAUCCAGCGAAGGAGGGAGGACGGCACGCUGCCUCGGGUGAUCUGCCCCAAAUGCCGCCUGGGAGUCACUCGAAUCCAAGACCUGUCUCAUGCCGACGUGAAAAAGGUUCGCCAGUUAGCGCUAAUCGACAUGACUGCGCUGUGUGACCUAAUCGGUUUGGAAGUGAAACGGCACAAGAUGGCCAAAAGGAAAAUGCCAGAGAGUCCAUUGUUUGGAGUGCCACUGGCAACGCUAUUGGAGAAUGAUCAGAAAAUGGACCCGGCGACAACCACUCCUCUCCUCCUACAGAAGCUUUUUGCUUUCUUGGAAGACAAGGGAGUGGAUUCUGAGGGUAUCCUGCGGGUUCCAGGAUCUCUGUCCAGAAUCAAGUCACUGCAGCAGGAUCUGGAGGCCGACUUCUACGCAGGUCGUUUCAAAUGGGAUGAAGUGCGUCCCAAUGACGCAGCCACAGUUCUCAAGAAAUUCAUCCGAGAGCUCCCCGCUCCUCUGCUCACCGCUGAAUACCUCAACACUUUUAGCGCCGUUAGAGACAUUACGGAGCUCAAGCAGAAACUUCACAUGUUAAAUCUGCUCAUUCUGUUGCUACCUGAGCCCAACAGGAACACUCUGAAGGCACUGCUGGAGUUCCUCAACAAGGUGGUAUCCCACGAGAAGAGGAACAGGAUGAACCUGUGGGCCGUGGCGACCAUCAUGGCUCCCAACCUGUUCCUCCACAAGACCGUGCCCAGCAGGCUGACCGAGGGGGCCGAGAAAGGUCAGGUGGAGAAGGCCGCCGAUGUAAUGAGGCUACUCAUCCGAUACCAGGACCUGCUUUGGACGAUUCCAAAUUUUGUCAUGAACCAGGUGCGGAAACUGAACGAGAAUAGCAGCCGGCGCUACCAGUUUUACGAUCGGCGCUUCAAGAACCUGUUGAGGAAGAUCCACGCCGACAGCAAGGAAAAACCUGAUAAAAAUACCUCGGAGGCAUGCCGCACGGUGAAGAUCCAGAUUGGCGAUCGGGUAAACGGCACCAUGGACUUCAAGGUCAACAAGGACUCGCGAGCGUCCGACCUGCUGACCCAGUUUGAAAAGAAGGGCCUACGGCAAAGAAAUGGCUCUAUGUCCUCCUGGGACCUGUACGAAGUGGGAGGGAACAUUGGCGAGCGCCGCCUGGACUGCGACACGCACCUACUGGAUUUGUACAAUAGCAACUCAGGAGGCGAGUGGGUCCUCAAGAUCAAGCCCAAGGCCAGCAAAGGCUUGUGAAAACAUGGAUUCCAAAAGAAAAAGAGUCAGUGGGCAUUUCACGGUGGGUGAUAGCAACAAGGCAAAAACACCCAGAUGGAGGACGGACCAACAAUCUGCCAGCAGCAAAAAAAAGCAACCCCCCCCCCCCCCCCAAAUCUUCCUCUUCUUCAUCCCUCUAUCUCCUCCUCUCUUGGACGUGACUCAUUACUUCCUGCUGAAGGACCUGCUGCUGCAUUGAAAGCAAAAGGAAGAAAAAGAGAAAGAGAGAUAGAGGGAGGAUCUCCGGGCAGUUCUGGUGCGCCAUCUUUUCUCUCCAGCAAUCAUCGACGCUCGAGAGCGAGCAGAUGGGUCCGCCGAGCACCUCUGGCAAUACCCGACCACCCCCCCUUUUCUACUCCCCCGCCCCAUCAUCACGCUGACACACACAAGCAGAAAUUCAUCACGGCUCAUACACACAGAAGGGUUCAGUGCCUUGCUCGAGGGGACACACUCCUAUGUUUUUGGUGGCUUUUUUUCUUGCAUAUCUUUGGACCGUUUUUGGUCCGUUGCACUAAAACAAGACAAUUCCCAGGGGCUGCGUCACCUUUUAUUUCAUGGCCUCUUGGAAUCGUUGUCUUGAUUGGGAUUACGGUAUUCUGAUGAAUGAACGGCCAUACGUGCCUGGAAUUCAAAACAUUUUGGAGCUUUCCAGAUGUUAUACACAAAAAAUGCCCUCAGUAGGGAAAGUUAGAGAAAAAAGUGCCCCUGACAGUACCCACAUGAUACAAUAUAAUUUAUUUUUUUGGACAACAAUUUUACAUAUUACAAAGUAUGUCACAAUUCUUUUUGAUUUUGAAUUUUGUUGCUGACGUUGGAAUGAAAAUCCUUUUUUAGAAAAGAAAACAAAAAGCAUAUCAAUUUGAAGGGACAGUAAUUUUUUUUUAAGGUAGCAGUUUUAGGAAAUUUAAAGUGCCUGUGACAGCGCUUUCCUCGGCUUGGCCCCAAGCAGCCCCCCGCUCCGACGUCGGGCGGUUUGUCCACCGAGAAUGCGUUAUUUUCGGCGUUCAUUCCCCUCUGUCCCCAGCAAUGACCACUGCCUGGCCGCCAGGGCCACAGCAGAACAACGAGCCGUAACUUGCUCUCCGCCAGGGGCUGGCCAAUCGGUGAAGACAAUCACGUCUGCCGGCGUGUGUAACAUGAGUCGAGGUAGUUUUGUGUGAUUUUUUUUGUUUUCGAAAGGCGAGAAAGAGAGUUGAAAGAGCCGCUCGGUUCGGGUUAGCAUGUUGCCUAGCUGUCACGCCUCCUGUUUUGUUUAUGCGCUUUCCUCCGUCUCCGAACCCAAGGCAGAGAAAUGAGAAAAGCCGGACUAACUCCGGUGGCAUAAAAUACCGUUCGGGAGGUUUAAAAAGUCGGCAGUUUUGACCAUAAUACAGUUAUACUGCCCUGUCGUACUGAAUAAAUGCAUUUUUAAUAUUUCAUAUUCCAUUUAGCACAAGACUGUUUUUUGUCAUGACAAUACAAUUUAUUUAGCAAUUAGGGAAAAAGUACUUAGAUGAAAAGAAUAUCCUGUAAAAAUAUUGGAGUAGAGAGAUUAAAACAAUGAUAACAUUUUGCUGCUCCCUGUCGCAUUUUCCUUGUUCUGAAUCUUCCCCUUCAAUGGGCUAAAUUCUAAAUCAGCUGAAAUCGUUACUCUGCUGACGUCAUCACCUAGCUGGAGGCGCUAUAGCGCUAUAAUGACAGGCGUGGCUAAACGGCAGAUUAAAAGACUAAUUUCUCGUCAUCUGCACUUUGCCAAAUUGUUUUAUAUAGUCGAAUCGUCUCAAAAUAUGAUUUUAUUCACAUAAUAAUGCUAUUUAAGAUUUUUUUUUAAUGGUGUCACAGGCACUUUAAAGGCAAACCUGAUUUUUGUUGCUUACUACCAAAUUAGACGUCCUUGAAUACUGGACUGGGAUCAAAUCUUGUGGGUGUGGAGCAGUGUCCAAACUACAGCUUACAGGCCAACUAUGCCCUGCGAGUCAGUUUUUUUAUUGGCAAAAUAUGAACCUUUCAUUUAAUAUGGUCUGGACAAGAAGCUUGAGCUCAGCCUCCUCUCUGUUCUACUUCUCAGUUUUAACUCUAGAUAGAGCUAUAGUCACUUAAACAGUGCCUCUGCAUUCAUCUGCUAGGACGCUCAUCUCUUCUCUUUGCCUAGUAAUACAGCAAACAUUUGACAAAUACACUUCAAGUGGCAAGCCCAUAAUUUAACAUGUUGAAAUCAAAGUUUCAGAUUUGUAGAAUUUCAGUUGAUGAAUAUGAGACCAGUGAUAGAAUAAUUUUGAUGGGUCUCAUUUUCCUGUGAUGUUUAUUCAGCUUUCCAACUAAUGAAAAUGCACCAAUUUCUGAUCCGAAUUUUAACUCAUUAAUAGCAAUAACGUCCAAUCCAUUUGAAGUGGCAGGGAUGGCAGCAAACGAAUGAACGUUUAUCCACUGUAUACCACUGACUAGUGAUUAACUCAUUUAAAGAGUUUUAAUUUAGUGUUGAGAGCCACCAUUCAUCCAUCAUCGUGAAUGGCACUGAACGAAAUAUAGCAAAUACAAUACGGCUUUAUGUUUGGGGUGACCCCUGAAGCGCUUCUUAUCCUCUUGUUUGGAGGGCACCUGUGGUCCUCUUAUUUACUUGACACAAUCGUUUUUGCUACAAAAUAACCAUCAAUGAAAUCAAUCGGUUUCCUUCUGCAACCUAUUGGCAGUCCUGAGCAUUUCUCUUUCCGGCCUCCCUUUUACUUCAGUGUGUGCCCUUUUAAAAAAGACCCCAAUGCACUGAUGGCUAUCUUCUUAUCAGAGACCCUUGCAUUCUCAUGGGCCUCAUAAAGAAUAUGAAUUGACUUCCUAGCCUGUGUAUUGAAGGACAUUUUCAAGUCAAACAGUGUCAUCUCCUCAAGGACACACGGUGAAGCUGGUCUUCAUUUUUUUAACAGUGCGGGGUGGGGUGAUAUUAUGGGAUGUUAUUUAUAUGAAUGUAAAAGUGAGUUUUGUGAUGCUGUUGUUCAUUAGCUUCAUUUUUUCCAUUAAAUUUGGCACCCGCGUGUCGCCUCGUCGCCGCCAUCUCGUUAAAGCGGCGCCGCCAUUUUGUGUCCGACGCUUACACAGGCGACAUCCAUCAUCGCCCGACUCGCCAUCUCGCUGUCAUCUGGCCCGUAAUGGAGCGUAAUGGCUGCCGGGCGCAUGCAUCACCGCCGUCCUCGCAUCUCCCGAUAAAGGAGAAGCUAAUAAAUGGCUGUUAUAAAUUCAGGAAUCCAUGACAGGAGUGCGCACGUGUGUCUGCGUGUGCGUGCAUGUGUGUGAUGAGCUUCAUCACAGGGACACAGUUGAGCGAGCUUGUACAAAAGCGAGCUGAUGGAGCGGCCUUCUGCUGACAAUCAGGAGAAGUAGGUCACCUCCGAGGCUAAAGCGGCGUCCCAGAGGGCCUCGGACCAGGUCAGGUUACGUCACGCCCUCUGACGCUGCGUGUACGGCUUGUACGGGGGUUCUCCGGUUUUCGACGAGGUUUUGCGUCACAUUGACGGCGAAGCUGGUAGUACUGUCAGCCUCUCCCAGUUCAAAUGGUUUGGACAUCUGUCCUCAACGGCAGUGAACAAGUGUGGUCGCGACGCCGUCGUGAAUAAAGAACCCCCUUUAUGUGAAUAUGUCAAUGUACUCUGUAUGUAUAUUUAUGUCCAAGUGUUUUGAAUACCGAAAUGCCAUUAGAUCCUGUUGUGAGUCAAUAAAUGUGAAUCUAAUGUGACGUAUGAUGAA